AUGGGUAGCCAGGCACUGCCAACCUUCCAACUCCCGUUUGAGGCGUAUCCCGAUGCCAUGUCCAGAUUACAAUGUAAGGUUGCAAAUGAGGAAGCCAUAGCAUCCGAGUUGGAGCAUCUGAUCAGCACUAGGGAGCGUCUGAAAAAUACCUUAGUGGUUACGGAGGAUGGCGUGCGUGUGAAGUCGGGGACUAAACGACAAAGAGAUCGUGUGCUUGAGACGGGAGAUAGUGCUUCUAGUGAUGCCAAACCUGUCCGCGAUAAGGUCCAAGUAAUCAUCUGUAGCCGUACAUUCUCACAGCUUAAUCAAUAUGUAAAGGAGUUCCGUAAAUUGGGUCCUCUGGGAGAGAGCCUAAAAGUUGGUAUGGCGACAGGUCGGAGCCAUGCAUGUAUCAAUUCUGCGGUUCGCUCCAGAUGUAGUUCUAACGAAGAUUUCAACGAGGAAUGUUUAAGCACUGAGUGCGACUUCAGGCAGGACGUGAAUCCACUAUCGGAGGCAUCCACCUGCUUCCCCAUGGACCUCGAAGAUCUCAGGGCUGUAGGCACUGCACUCUGCUCAUGCCCAUACUAUGCCACCUCCAAAAACAUACCAGAGUGUGACAUAAUUCUGGCUCCAUACGUUUCGGUGUUCAACAAGUGUAUCCGACAGGCUAUGGGCCUGAAGACCGACGGAAACAUUCUCAUUAUCGAUGAGGCGCACAACAUCGUUAGCGCUGUAGCGGAAGCGCAAUCGAGUUUAAUAUCAGCAAAAGCAAUGGCUGCUCUGAAAACUCAGGCUGCUUCCUAUUUAGACAGGUUCGGAAGUAAACUUCCCGAGGAGCAGAAGUUCGCCAUAUCAAGGGUUAAAAAUGUGGCAGAUGAACAAUUCCAACGACUCACCAAGAAUGCCAAGAGCGUGGUGCUGAUGAGCGGUACCCUCACACCGGUUGAGGAAUUCAUGAGGCUUUCACCCUUUAGCCUGGAACCGAUAUUACACAAAAGUCCACCGGUAUUUCAAGCGGACCGAUUCUACGCAUCUGUUUUAGGCGCCGGUUCGUUCAAGUUUAAUGGCACUAAUGCCGUUGCAGACGAGCAGGGAGAGGCAUUGGUAUAUGAUAGUACCUCCAGAGAACGCAAUCGAGAGAUGUCAGCGUUAUGCAAGAUUGUUGAACAUUUGUCUACGGUAGUUCCUAACGGCAUGGUCUGCUUCGUCUCGAGCUACAAGUUUUUGAAUAAGUUCCAAUCGGUAUUCGAGCAAUCCGCUGAAAGAGUCAGAGUGCUCAAGAAUAAACAAAUUUUUUUUGAGUCACGAGGCAGCUCGGACGCUGUUUUCACGGACUACAGUAGAGAGGCACUUGACAAGGGUGCCAUACUUUUCGCGGUUUAUGGCGGCUCCCAGAGCGAGGGAGUGGAUUUUCCCGAUGGUUUGGCACGCUUGGUGCUGCUGGUGGGUCUACCAUACCCUCCAGAUAGCGAGAAGCUCCAGUUACGGCGGGAAUACUUCAGGUCAAGGGCACUACAGUCUGAUCUCAACUCACACCAAAGAGACAUCUACGCAAAGUUGGCGAAGGAAAUGAGAACACUUUUGUGCUAUAAAACGGUAAACCAGAGCAUAGGCAGAGCCAUGCGCCAUAAAGAUGAUUUCGCAGCGGUCGUGCUGCUGGACGCCAGAUAUAACGACAAGGCUAAACAUUCCUUACUGCCGUCCUACGUGCGGCAAUCACUUGAAGGGUGCAGGCACGAAAUAACAUUAAAGAAUCCUGUAGAAUCGUUGAUGAGAAACCUCAAAAGCUUUUAUCAGCUACAUGUUAACACCAACUGA